GAAGACUAAAGCAUUGUGACUCACAAAAUUAGAGAAGGCUUUGAGAUAAACAAGAUCCAACAAUCAUGGAAGAAAGAGAGAAAUAAAGGCAUGAGACAAAAAAACUAAAGUGUGUCCUUUCUCUUCCUAUAUUGACCCUAUCAAUGCAAUAAUAAGUGACAUACUUUGUUUUUCUUCCUUCAUUCUUCUCAACCGACAAUAUCACAAAACAGUGACAAAUGGCUUCGAAAAUGGGAAGCACAAACCCCUUCAAUGAUAAUCCUCCUUCCAUCAAUAACAGAAUUGUUCAUUUCACUCUCUAUUCUCUGCUUCCCAUAUCCCUUAUUUGUUUAUACUUCAACAUUUUCUCCCUUACUCAUUCACCAGUUCAGCUUCUUCAGUCUACCGUCAUUUUCAACUACCACUCAUCUAUUUGUUCUUCUCCUCCUUCAACUUCCUCUAUAGAGAAGGACAUGGCUUAUAAUUAUGAGAAAUCAUGUAACUAUUCAAAUGGAGAUUGGGUAAGUGAUAUGAGAGAACCAUUAUACAAUGUCACAACAUGUGACACAAUCAAAGAGACUGAGAAAUGCACCACCAAUGGAAGGCCUGAUUUAGGCUAUCUUUAUUGGAGAUGGAAACCAAAUGAGUGCAAUCUUCCAAGGUUUGAACCAAACACUUUCCUCAAACUCGUUCAAAAUAAACACAUAGCUUUUGUUGGAGAUUCCUUGGCUAGAAACCAAUUAGAGUCACUUCUUUGCAUGUUAUCAACUACUUCAACACCUUAUCUUGUUUACCAAAAUGGGGAGGACAAAAAAUUUCGUCGGUGGCACUUUCCUUCACGUAAUGUAAACUUUUCUUUGUAUUGGUCCCCAUUUCUAGUUCAUGGUGUUGAAAGAUCAAAUGAAGGACAAUAUUAUAAUACAAUGUUUUUGGAUCUUGCCAAUGAGAGGUGGGCAAGGGAUAUUGAUCUAUUGGACAUGAUUGUGAUAUCAAUUGGGCAUUGGUUUUUGCUUCCUUCAAUUUACUAUGAGGGUAAUUUAGUUAUUGGUAGCUUGAAUUGUCCUGACCUCAAUCAUACUCAAAUAGAUUUUUAUGUUCCAUUGAGAAAGGCUUUAAGGACUACUCUUAAUAGUAUAGUUGAGAGGAAAGUUGCUAAGGGAAAUGGAAUUGAUGUGAUUGUGAAAACAUUUUCACCUGCCCAUUUUGAAGGUGAUUGGAAUAAGGGUGGUGGUUGUUCAAAGACCAAGCCUUAUAGAAAAGAGGAAAAGGUAGUUGGAGGAAUGGAAGGUGAGAUUAGAAGGAUAGAGAUAGAAGAAGUGGAAAGUGCUAAGUUCAAAGUCAAAGAAUUUGGAGGAAUUAGAUUUGAGAUUUUGGAUGUAACUAGAUUGGCACUAUUGAGACCAGAUGGCCAUCCAGGUCCUUAUAUGAAUCCUUUUCCAUUUGUAAAUGGAGUUCAAGAAUAUGUACAAAAUGAUUGUGUGCAUUGGUGUUUGCCAGGACCAAUAGAUACUUGGAAUGAAAUAUUUUUAGAGGUGAUGAAGAAGUGGGGUAAAUAUCCAUAGAGAAGGGUGAGGCAUUUCUCCAAUAUACUUCUAAGUUACUUAGAUUUUUAUAAUUCCACCAUUCAUGUGAUCAUGGAUAUUGCAUUAUAAAUAAAAUAAAUCUUUUAAUAAGGAGAUUUCAAUUGAAGAA